CCCCCUCCCUUCGGCGGCGCUCGCUCCGCCUUCCCCCCGCCCCGCCGCAGUCAGUCAGUGGGAGGAAGAUGGCGGCGCUCAUUCCCCACAGCCAGCAGCUUUCCACUGGGAAUCCAUUGUAUGAGACUUAUUACAAACAGGUAGAUCCAACAUACACAGGGAGAGUUGGGGCUAGUGAAGCUGCACUGUUCCUUAAAAAAUCAGGUCUUCCAGACAUUAUCCUUGGAAAAAUAUGGGAUUUGGCUGACCCAGAGGGUAAAGGGUACUUGGAUAAACAGGGUUUCUAUGUUGCAUUGCGACUCGUAGCAUGUGCACAGAAUGGCCAUGAUGUUAACUUGAGCAAUCUAAACUUGACUAUACCACCUCCUAAAUUUCAUGACACUAGCAGUCCCUUAUUGAUCACACCUCCUUCAACAGAGGCUCACUGGGCCGUUAGGGUGGAAGAAAAAGCAAAAUUUGAUGGUAUUUUUGAAAGCCUUUUGCCAGUAAAUGGUUUACUUUCAGGAGACAAAGUAAAACCAGUACUGAUGAACUCAAAGCUACCUCUUGAUAUCCUAGGAAGGGUCUGGGAUCUCAGUGAUAUUGACAAAGAUGGACACCUGGACAAGGAUGAAUUUGCUGUGGCAAUGCAUUUGGUAUAUAGAGCUCUUGAGAAGGAGCCAGUUCCCUCAGUAUUACCCCCCCCACUUAUACCACCUUCCAAAAGAAAGAAGACGCCAGUUUUUCCUGGUGCAGUUCCUGUUCUUCCUGCAAGUCCUCCACCUAAAGAUAGCCUUCGUUCUACCCCAUCCCAUGGCAGUGUAAACAGCCUGAAUAGCACAGGAAGUUUGUCACCCAAACACAGCAUCAAGCAAACACAGCCAUCUGUGAAUUGGGUGGUACCAUUGUCUGAUAAGGUGCGAUACGAUGAAAUUUUCUUAAAAACUGAUAUGGACAUGGAUGGCUAUGUGAGCGGCCAAGAAGUGAAGGAUAUUUUUAUACACUCAGGGUUGUCUCAGAAUCUUCUAGCACAUAUAUGGGCUUUGGCAGACACAAGACAGAUGGGAAAGCUAAGCAAAGAUCAGUUUGCACUAGCCAUGUAUUUCAUUCAACAGAAGGUCAGUAAAGGGAUUGAUCCUCCACAGGUGUUGUCCCCAGAUAUGAUCCCUCCUGCAGAGAGGAAUACUCCCAUACAAACUCUGUCAGGUUACUUGACCCCUGUAGGAACUGAGAUCUCAGCGCUAACAGAAAUGCGUCGUGAUAGUUCAAGUUCUGUUGGCUCAGGAGAAUUUACAGGGGUGAAAGAACUCGAUGAUAUUAGUCAAGAGAUUGCACAUCUGCAGAGAGAAAAGUAUUCACUAGAGCAGGACAUUAGAGAAAAGGAAGAAUCAAUUAGACAGAAAACCAAUGAAGUUCAGGAACUGCAGAAUGAUUUAGACAGAGAAACAAGUAACUUGCAAGAACUGGAAGCUCAGAAACAAGAUGCUCAAGACCGUCUAGAUGAAAUGGACCAGCAGAAAGCCAAACUGAAAGAUAUGCUAAAUGAUGUGAGGCAGAAAUGCCAGGAAGAAACACAGAUGAUUUCAUCAUUGAAAAUGGAGAUUCAGUCUCAGGAAUCCGAUUUAAAAUCACAGGAAGAUGAUCUGAAUAAAGCAAAAGCGGAGCUGAAUCGUCUCCAGCAAGAAGAGACUCAGCUAGAACAGAGUAUCCAAGCAGGAAAAGUGCAACUUGAAACAAUAAUUAAAUCUUUAAAAUCAACACAAGAAGAAAUUAAUCAGGCAAGAAGUAAACUUUCUCAACUUCAGGAGAGUCACCAGGAAAUCAGUAAAAGUAUUGAACAAAAUAAUGAUGCUCUGAAUGGGAUUCAUGGUGGUAGUAUGACGAAUUUAGCGGACAUAAGUGAAGGAAUUGCACAGAAAGAAAGAGGAAAUUUUGGAGCUAUGGAUGAUCCCUUCAAGAAUAAAGCUUUAUUGUUUAGUAAUAAUACACAAGAAUUGCAUACGGACCCAUUCCAGGCCGAAGAUCCAUUCAGAUCUGAUCCUUUUAAAGGAGCAGACCCUUUCAAAGGCAAUGAUCCAUUCCAGAAUGAUCCUUUUUCAGAACAACCACCUGUUUCAACAGAUCCAUUUGGAGGGGAUCCAUUUAAAGAAAGUGACCCAUUUCGUAGUUCUGUCUCUGAAGAUUUUUUUAAGAAACAGGUGAAGAAUGAUCCAUUUACCUCAGAUCCAUUCACAAAAAAACCCACGCUGCCCUCAAAGCCUGACCCCUUUGAAAGUAGCGAUCCUUUCACAUCUUCAGGUAUCUCUUCAAAAGGGCCAGAUCCUUUUGGAACGUUAGACCCAUUUGGAAGUGGUGCCUUCAAUAGCAAUGAGGGUUUUGCAGAUUUUAGCCAGAUGUCAAAGCCCACAGCUUCAGACCCUUUCACCUCCUCUUUUGGAGGGAUGGGAUUCUCAGAUGACCCUUUUAAAAGUAAGCCAGACACUCCAGCUCUCCCACCGAAGAAAAGUGUUCCUCCACGACCCAAGCCACCUAGUGGUAAAAGUACUCCUGUAAGCCAGCUCGGGUCUGCAGAUUUUACCAAGCCCCAUGAUCCAUUCCAGCCAUUUGGGGCUGAGAGCAGUGACCCGUUUCAAAGUAAAAAGGGGUUUGGGGACCCGUUUAGUGGAAAAGAUCCAUUUGCUCCUUCCUCUUCAAGUAAAACUUCUAAAGACUCUUCCUUGGGUUUUGCAGACUUCAGCUCUUUUGGAAAUGAGGAGCAGCAGCUGGCCUGGGCAAAGCGAGAGAGUGAGAAAGCAGAGCAGGAGAGGCUGGCUCGAUUGCGAAGACAAGAACAGGAAGACCUUGAAUUGGCUAUUGCACUCAGUAAGGCUGAUAUGCCAAACUCUUAAAUACAAGUCUUUGGGCUCCACCCAAUGCAAGUCAAACCCUUUAAAAAAAGGUUUUGUAAAAUUUUUGUUUUAUGUUGUUAAGUAAUUGUAGUCACCUUUAAGUCAAAGCAUAACAAGAUUGGCUGGUUAUAUCAAACUGGGCUCUCCAUGGCUUUUCAAGUACAUAAUGCACAGGAAACACACUGUAAAAAUUGUAUUAUACUUCCUAGAUAAAAGUUACCGCUUGUAAGAAAUGUAACGUAUGACCCUAAGGUACUGAAAGCAAAGUUUCGUUAUAAUGCAGACAGUGUUGCACACAAUAAGCUGCAAUUUGUGAAUCUGGCUUUUAUUACCUGAAUUCCAUUGUCAUUGUUUUGAGGCUGCAGUAUGAAUAAUAAAAUUAUAGAAAAUGACACUUGUUAAAAAAAAAAAAAGGGUAUGUUUAUAAAAUUAUCACUUAGCUUUCAGUUCUUUUUGUUACAUUUAUUUAAUUACUCAUAGUAGGCCAAUGACUAUAAAACCACCUAGCUCAAAGACUUUAGGGCAAAUUAUUUCUUAGGUGUUCACCUUUCAUCUGUGAGAUAUGGCUUAUCUUAUGAAAGAAACUCUGAUUAUUUAUAUAUUAGAUGCAUAGCGACACAACUCGUAUAGAGUCAAUCAUAUUUUGAAUUCAAAGCCUAUGAGACUUAAUAGCUUCUUCUUAUUUAAACAUGAUUAUUUGCAUAAAAGUUUUUUUUAAUAUUUGUACAUGGUGGUAUUAAAAGGAGUGAUCCUGAUAUUGUAAAUUAGACAAAUGAUGACUCAGUUCUAAAUCAUGGGAUAAAAUAUAGAUUAAUUCCAUGAACAAGCAUGAAGACAGGAAUUAUCGUUUUUGAGGCUUUUUCUACAUAAUGUUGAACAAUUUCACACUUUUUAAAUUUUAAUUUUGAACUGCAGUCUUCCCUGCAACCAUAUUUUCCCUUCAUUUGCUCCAACAGGCAGAAUAUAGGGCUCUUAUUUGUAUGAUCCAAUUGACUAUGUUACAAUCUCUACCUCGGAAGUGAUUAAGUGUGUGCUCUCAUUUUUAAAUAUUAUGGUUGAUGAUUAAUCUUGCUGCCCGUCAUUAAAAGUUAUACAACUGUUGUACAGACUAGAAAGUUCUUUAUUUUAAACUAGCCCAAGUUCACACCGAAUUUAUUUGCCAGAUAGAUAGAAUAAAUGGAUAUUCAUGCAAAAGUUACAGCAAUAUUUGUAGAACAGAUAGGCUUAAAAAAACAGCCUAUCUACUGAUAGCACUAAUUAGGCCAGUAUGUCCAGCUUUUUUAUAGACUUCCAGAAUUCAGGGGGGAUGUUACAUGUAUUUUAUAGAGGUAAUACAACAUGUAUUUUACUUGUUACGGAUAUAAAAUGAGUACUUAUGGUAUUUUUUGCUGUGAAUUAUUCAUUUAUAGAAACUGCCUUUUCUGGUAAAUUUCAGGAAUCUCAGCACUUCAUUUGUCCUUGCCUUGUGCUUUGGUUUUGUUUGUAAAUGGAGUGGGCAUUUAGGGCCAAAUUUUCAAAAUGUUCUUUGUGAUACCUGUAUUUGCAUCCCCAAUUCUGUACAUGUGCAUUUUGGCUAGUUAACAUUCUGAAUGUCCAAAAGUGUGGCCCUCCGCUUGUAAAACAUUCUCUGUUGGAUAGCAUUGUAUUUCUUCAUCUUCUGUAAUGUGUUUACAUUUUUGUGUGUCCCUGUUUUGUUUUAUUUUUUCCUUUCACAAUGAUGUUAGUGCCUGUUUUUCCAGUCAAACAAUCCCUACAUUCUAAUUGCCUCGUUCUGGAUACUUUCCUCACACAGACAUAAGAAUCCCAGUAGGGAUUAUUUUUUCUGAUGACUAGUUUUCAGACCUAGAAAUGUAAUUAAACAUUGAUUGUCUCAGGACAAUGCUGCAUUUGCAUUGAAAAUCGACUCUAAAUUAAGAACAUCCAUUUAAGGUCUUCUGACAGAAUGUAUUUGACAAAACUGAAGCCCGUCAUUUCAGAAGACAUUGUACAGAGUUGCUGAUCCCUGAAUAUGUGUGUAACUCCUGUUUAAUGUUAUUACAGAUGCUAUGGGCUUUUAAAUUUGAAUCAUGAGGGGAGAAGAGACCCCUAAAUAUUAACAAAACAUAUAUGUUUCUGUGUUGUCCUGUAUUUGAUGUAACAAGCUGCCAUGAACACUGUUGGAAAUAAUCCUGCCAUACUUUCAGUACUUGAUGACCUAUGUGGUCCCUUCCAACCAUAACUGUUUUUCUGUAAAGUAUAUUAUGGAGAGUUUAUGGGCUUGUCUACAUGAUAGUAUAAUGCACUCUGUGUGAGUAUGAUUUCUAAAUCACACUAAUGUGUUAUGCAUUAGUUGGUCCACGUUGACCCCUAGUGUGAAUUAACACAGUACUGGUUCAAAAAGCACUAUGUUAAUGAGCAUUAAUGUAGUGCUGUUUGAACCAGUGCUGCACUAGACAGAUCUACAUGGACUGAUUAGUGUGUUACACAUUACAGAAGUGUGAUUUCUAAAGCACAUUAGAGCGCAUUACCUAACUGUGUGGACAAGCCCUAAGUUAUCAAGUCUGAUUUCAAAAGUUUCAGAACACUCUCUUUUCCUUUGGUCCACGACACACUGAGCUCAUGAAAGCAAAUUAGAUCUACUUGUAGCUAACAUCAAUACAAAGUUUUUACCAUUAAAGGGGGUUGACUGUAGUAUAUACUUACAUGGCAGGGCUGUAGAUGUCAUCCUAACUAUAUAGUCAGAUCAAAUCAGAAACAGCUGUAUGAGACAGUAUGUGCCUUUUCUCAGUCCACCUUUUACUAUAGUCACAUUGCUUCAGAGAGAUAGUUGCCCCUGUUCUUUGAGCUGUUGUUGCAGUUUUGUUAUUUUAUUUUGUCUUCUCUUGUAUUUUUUCUGUCUUGUGUACAUAUAUAUUUUGCAUUUGUCUUAGUACCUCUCUUACACAUCUAGCUCUUCCAAGUUGAAAAAAUAGGCUAUUGGGAUGCAGGAUGAAAUUUAAAAACCUGUAUCUGUGCAUAUAAAGCUUUUAGAUUCUUUUUUUUUUCAUUUUCAGUAACAGUUCCUACUUUGUAGGAUUUUUUCAUUCCUUAUGCAGCUGAAUAAUCUCAUGUGCUGUGUCAAAGCAACUGCAAUAUCUGAGUCCCCUUCCGAAGUGUAGUGUGAACACAGGGGUCAUGCCUUUGAUUUUACAGCCACAUUAGGCCACUGCUUUUCUCCCUUUACAAUUAAAAGAUUUUACUUUUAUUGCAAAUGCUGCUUUUAUAGUAAUUUCCUCUUUCAUCUCUCCUCCAAUGUAUGGUAUCAAUUGCCCUCACCUCUGACUGCAGGGUCAAGCCACCUUCUCCAAGUUGGCAGUGCCGUUCCAUAACCUAUCAUUAGGAGGUUCACUCUCCUCCCCCGCAGCCCAGGGAGUAAAAGCAUUACUUCUGGAAUACACCAGGCCUGAGGAGUGAAAGUUACAAGAUUGCAUUCAAGCUUGGGUCUUUGUGUGGUAAAGUGUGGGGGCAGGGGGAACGACAUAAUUUGUUUCUCUUCUGCUCAAAUGAAACAGUAUCUUUAAACCAAUUUAUAAAGGAAUUCUGCUGCUGGAUCUCUGCACACAAAUGGGGCAUGUGGAUGAGCUAAAGAGCCUGAUUACUCAGAAAAUUUAUGUGCCAUAGAAAGAAUUUCAGCCACUUUAUCAAAUCUCUGAAAUCUUCUAAUAUAAUUGUGUUACUUCUGUGAUAUUCAGUUAGAUAUUACCUCACCAACCUUGUUUCUCUUACUUCUGUGAUAGUUAAUGUUUUUGGGACACAGUAUGAGGUCAGAAAAGUGAAUUUAUCUAAUAUAUAUAUUUAGUAUUAUAACCAAGUAUAAACUUUGAUUGUCCCUUCUGGGGUAUAUAGCCUUGUGUGGCCAAAUAUUGAGAAUGAGCCAGUAGCAAAAGGUCAAGCAAAUUAACCAAACAGGAAUCCAAGAAAAUAUGUAGUUAAUCCAUUUACAGUUGCAAACAUGCAAUAACCCUAAACUGUUCUGAGAUGGUUUUAAUUUGGGAAGAGAAGGGAUAAAUUUUAGAAGUCUGAAGUCUAGGAAACGUCCCUCUGAUUUCUUUCUGUAAUAUCUAAGUUUCUCCUUGUAGAAAGCAGUCAUCUUCAUUCUUCUGUACCCUUAGAAGCAACAUUUUUUAUAGAAAUCACUCCACUUCUUCUCCUAAAGCAAAAAUUUAUCAGAACACAUUAAUCUUUCCUUCUUCCACCAAACACUGAAAUCUUAACCACAAGUAGAUUCACUUCAGUUUGGGCAGAUUGGUGUGCACGCACACAAAAAUAAGGUAUAUCUGUAUGUAAAUACCCAAUAAAUUAUAUAACAAAGAUAGUGUGUAUAUAUUCACACAAACUAUAUGUAGUAUAUAAGUAUAUAUAUGCUCUAUAAAGUGUAUAUGCAGUAAAUAUAUAGUAUAUUACUAUAUACUGUAAAAAUGUGUAUAUAUGUCUAUAUGCAUAUGUGCAUUUUCUAUACAGAAACGGGAAAUGAGACCUUUGUGGUUAGAAUUUCAAAGUUCUGGCAAAAGAAAAAAAUUAACUUCCAGUCAUUACAUUCAAUAAUGCUGUUAUUGGCACGACAAGCUGUGUUUGUUGCCAGAUGUCAGAGACACCUGAGGGGUUUGUCUGUCAAAGGUGAGUACAAAUCUGCCAAGGUGGCGUUUGACAAUGUGGUUGGGAUAUUAUCACCUGUGUCCACUUGCACUUGCUGUCCAUUUCCAAUCUGCUGGCAUGUGUCUGUGUUGGAAGGCAUCUCAUUCCCUUCUCUCAGCAUUAGACAAAGCUUUGCCUCCUAGUUUUUUGUUGAAUAUUUUAUUGUUGAAUUAAAGAAUGAUUCACAUAUCUUCAUAUUUGGACAUUAGGUAGAAAUGUGGUAGAAGAUGCCUUUUUCCUCAAUCUCUUGUCUGUCAUUUUGGUUGCACAGUCACUCUUCUCUGGGUUCAAACUGUGUUUUGUUUGUUUCUCAGUUUCUACCUACAUUUUUGCCUUAGGAGAAGUGACUAUGCAUUGCAUUUUUGUCUUCGAUGAAAGAAUUAAGAUGAUUCUGUUUUCUACAGGGAGAAAUCAUUAGACCACAGUAUGUAAAACAAUCUCAAAGAAGGUGCUAGAUUUCUAUAGUAGCAUGUGUGUAUUGAGUAUAUACAUCUGCAUUUAUGAAGUGCAGUCACUACUGGGGUGACUCAUGGCAACCAUUGAUUACCACAGAGCAACACUACACUGCAUUUCAGACUGAAAUGGAAGAAGACUUUUAUCCAAUUGAAACUAGGCUUUUACAAAAUAUUCUUGUUGUAGGGACUGCCAACCAUUCUACCAUAGGAACAGAUAAUACUAAGGGAUAUACUGGUACUUCUGUACUGUUGUAUGAGACUUCAUAUGAUCAGCAAAGUUUUCCUUAUGAAACCUCUGGCCUAAUUAUUUUUAAGUGGGGUAAGUGAUCAGUCUGUAAGGUAUUUUGUUUUAUAUAGUGUGUUCUUAAAUGUAAGGAAAUUCCAAGCUUUAUCUGUUAAAGUAUGGCACUUUUUUUUUUUUUUUUUUUUCUGGUCUAUGUGAAAUCCUAUUGUUAGACACUUCAUAGAAAUCACCUUGUCAUCACUUCAGCUUUGCUUUUCAGCUUUUCCAGGGUUCUUGUAACCCUUUUGGGGUUUUACCAUUUUAUUUUUGAAAUACUUCUCCAUAUUUGUCCUGAAGAUUCAGCAGUUAUGGAAUUUUGGUCUAAGUGUUAGGAAUCAUCAUUUUCUCCAUGUAUAAGGAUCAUUCCUAUUUUCCAUUUGUCUUUAUUCCUGACUCUCAGAAAAUGCAUUUCUAUUUAAUUCCAAUGUUCCAAAAUAAGUUCUGUCAAACAGAUGUUUUGUUUUGAUCUGUGCUAAUAGACUGUGUAAUUAUAAAUGCAUUGUCCUGUCCCAGUGGCAAUUAAAUUACCAAAUAGUAAUAGUUAAAUCUUUAUGGUCCAGCAUUUACAUCUUUUCUGCAGACCUCCCAUUCACAAUCAAAUCCAUUUACAUUUUCUGAGUAAGGAAAUUUUGUCACAAAUUCUGCUUUGAACAUGAUGGAAACGUUAAGGGGUUUUUAGGAUGAACAAGUUAACUUUUAAUAAUUGCUGACAUUUGUUUUAUCAGUUGUUAUUUUAUGGUUCUUUUUACUUGAAAGAUGUAUAAAUAAAAGGCUGAAUUGUUAUAAAUGCCGCAGUCAUUUAAAAUAGAAUUUUCAUUUACUCCAACUUCUGCUUUUCCCUUUAAAACUAAAUAACUUUAAAAGGGAAACUUAAUAUAAAUGGUUCCUUCUGCUGUUAGUAUAAUGACAGUGCUAUGUUCCUUAAUGUCCCUCUUAAUAUGACUCUGUUUAGUCUGAUGGAAGUUACAGGCUAAGAAGGUGAAAAUAUAAAGUAGAAACUGCAGCAUUUACCAGAAAUUCACUAGUCUAUCCAAAUAUGUACAUUACUGUAGUUAUAUUUAUCCUUUAAAUAUCAUAUAACAAAUUGGGAAAAGGUGUUUUUAAUUUUAAUCUUUGCCAUGUGUUUAUUGUUUAAUACAAGAAGAGAAAUGUUAUUGUUUAAUAUAAUAAAUGUAAAGUUACUUUU